AGGGGGGGGAAGCGGCGCUGCGUCCGGCCGGCCGGCUCCUUCCAGCGGGAACCCGAUCGGCGGCGGCAGCGAGCCCAGGCGGCGGCGGCGACAAUCAGGCGGCGGCGGCGGUGGGGAGGAGGAGGCGGAGGCGAGCGAGCGGCCCCGGCGUGCGGAAUCACUCGAGGCCCAGGCGGAGCGAAGCGAGGGGAUCGCGGCUCCCCGUGAAGAAUGUCAGCCACCAGCGUCGACCAGAGACCUAAAGGACAGGGAAAUAAAGUUUCAGUACAAAACGGUUCGAUUCAUCAAAAGGAUGCAGUAAAUGAUGAUGAUUUUGAGCCAUAUCUAAGUAGUCAGACAAAUCAGAGUAACAGCUAUCCACCAAUGUCAGACCCAUAUAUGCCUAGCUAUUAUGCUCCAUCCAUUGGAUUUCCAUACUCUUUAGGUGAAGCAGCAUGGUCAACUGCAGGUGACCCUCCAAUGCCAUAUUUGACAACUUAUGGACAGAUGAGCAAUGGUGAACACCAUUACAUACCUGAUGGUGUAUUUAGUCAACCUGGGGCAUUAGGAAAUACCCCUCCAUUUCUUGGGCAGCAUGGAUUUAAUUUUUUUCCUGGGAAUGCAGACUUCUCUACAUGGGGUACAAGUGGAUCUCAGGGACAAUCAACGCAAAGCUCUGCUUACAGCAGCAGCUAUGGCUAUCCACCUAGUUCUCUUGGGAGAGCCAUAGCAGAUGGACAGGCUGGAUUUGGCAGUGACACUCUGAGCAAGGUGCCUGGGAUUAGCAGCAUUGAGCAAGGCAUGACUGGACUGAAAAUUGGUGGAGAUAUGACGGCUGCUGUAACUAAAACAGUAGGUUCAGCUCUGAGCAGUACAGGUAUGACGAGCAUUGCAGCUAACAGCGUGCCCCCAGUUAGCAGUUCAGCACCUAAACCAACCUCAUGGGCUGCAAUUGCAAGGAAACCUGCUAAACCUCAGCCGAAACUCAAGCCUAAAGGUAAUGUGGGCAUUGGGGGCCCUGCUGUACCGCCACCACCUAUAAAACACAACAUGAAUAUUGGAACUUGGGAUGACAAAGGGUCAGUGGUAAAAGCACCCCCAGCUCAACCAGUACUGCCUCCUCAGACUAUAAUCCAGCAGCCUCAGCCAUUAAUUCAACCACCACCACUGGUGCAAAGCCAACUGCCUCAACAGCAGCCUCAGCCACAGCAACCACAACAGCAACAAGGACCUCAGCAGCAGGCCCAGCCUCACCAGUUGCAGCAGCAGCAGCUUCAAAACCGCUGGGUAGCUCCACGUAAUAGGGGUGUGGGCUUCAGCCAGAACAACGGAGCUGGUAGUGAGAACUUUGGUUUAGGUGUUGUAUCCGUCAGCUCCUCACCUUCUGGUGUGGAAGUGCACCCAGUGCUGGAGAAACUAAAGGCCAUAAACAACUACAAUCCCAAAGACUUCGAUUGGAAUCUGAAGAAUGGACGUGUGUUUAUAAUCAAAAGUUAUUCAGAGGACGAUAUUCAUCGCUCCAUUAAGUACUCUAUCUGGUGUAGUACUGAGCACGGGAAUAAGCGCUUGGAUGCUGCUUACCGGUCCCUGAAUGGAAAAGGCCCACUCUAUUUACUCUUCAGUGUGAAUGGCAGUGGACACUUUUGUGGAGUGGCUGAGAUGAAGUCUGUUGUGGACUACAAUGCAUAUGCUGGUGUCUGGUCUCAGGAUAAGUGGAAGGGGAAGUUUGAUGUCAAAUGGAUCUUUGUCAAAGACGUUCCCAAUAACCAACUGCGACAUAUUCGCUUGGAAAACAAUGACAACAAACCGGUUACCAAUUCGAGGGACACUCAAGAGGUACCCCUAGAAAAAGCCAAGCAAGUGCUUAAAAUAAUUGCUACUUUCAAGCAUACCACCUCAAUCUUUGAUGACUUUGCACAUUAUGAGAAGCGUCAAGAGGAGGAGGAAGCCAUGCGUAGGGAGAGAAAUAGAAACAAACAAUAACUAUAUGGAGAUGUCCUGCUAGAAUACAACACUAAUGAUGUAGACUCUGGAAAUGCCUAAUAUGUCUAAGAAGACGUUAUUAAAGCUUUUUUCUGCUUAAGGUGACAUCUUUGAACACUUUAACACGAAAUUGACUCUUCUUGUAAUGGUUCUCAUCAGUGCAUCUGCCCUUAUACUCUCUCACCAAACACACUUGAGAACUGUACCUUCGUCAAGCACUUUCUGUCCUGAAGCUUUUACCAGUAUCUGCUGUCUUUUGUAUUUAUGCAUCCUAGCUAAGGCACAGGAGACCGAACGAAUGCAAGGAUUCAUUAACUCUUUGAAUUUGUUAAAUACUAACAUUUAACCAUUAGAAGUGGUUCAAUGAUGUGAGAUUCACAUUGCUUCAACUUAAUUUUUUCUUUGUUGUAGUUUUUUUAAUUGUCAGUUUUUAGCUAUUCAACAGAUUAAAAGCAAAUCAUGCCAUAUUUAGUCCUGGAGUAAAACUCAAGUCUAAAUGUUCAUGUGAAAAUUAUUGUAGUAAUCUUUUAAUAUGGCAAAGCAACUUUAAGCUGCAGUUUAGCCAAAUGAAUCGUAACAUGAAAUUAUAAUAGAAUGACAUUUCCCUUGUUUCAAACUGUUUGGUGUAAGAGAAUAUUAAUAUGCAGCUUGGUGGACACCACCAGUUAAUGCACAUUUCUUUAUUUUUUUUCUGUAACAUGUAUACUGAAAAAAAGUGCAUUUGUCUGAGGAACUGUUUGUUUGCUACCACUCAAUGAAUCUCAGUUUUGAGUAAAUGUACCUCAGUCUAAAUCAGACUUUUUAUGACCUUUAUAACUACAUUUAAAAUAAUCUUUAAUUCCUAUUUCUGGGUGUUUGCAAGCCUGACAGAUUGCUAUCAUGAAAGUGAAAAUUUACUCCUCUAGGUGAUUCACUAGCUAAAUAAACAUAAUUCUUGUUUAGCAAGCAUA